AAUUAUUGCCAACAUUGCAAAUCGAAAGUUUUAGCAUCAAAAUAAAUUAUUUAAUGUUAUUUAAAGAAAAAUCGGCUUUUUACCGAUAUAUUACAUUAAGUUAUAAGGGAACAUGUUAAUUAUACAAAAAUUAAUCGCGUAGGUAUAAAAAUAUUGGUUAUUUGGUGUGAUUCUAACCCCACUUUUUUUGUUUACCCAAAACCCUAACGCCAUGGGUUAUAUUUGAAUUUAAAAACAAGAUACGAUUAAAAUGACGGAGGAAAGGCUUGUUACCGAGGUACCCAGCAGCCUCAAACAGCUGGCAAGGCUGGUUGUGCGAGGUUUUUACACAAUCGAAGAUGCCCUUAUUGUGGACAUGUUGGUUAGAAAUCCCUGCAUGAAAGAGGACGAUAUAUGCGAGUUAUUGCGCUUUGAGCGUAAAAUGCUUCGCGCCAAAAUCGCAACGCUAAAAAACGACAAGUUCAUACAGGUGAGACUGAGAAUGGAGACCGGGCCGGACGGAAAGGCACAAAAAAUCAACUACUACUUCAUUAACUACAAAACUUUCGUGAACGUUAUAAAAUAUAAGUUGGAUUUGAUGCGGAAGAGGUUGGAAACUGAGGAGAGAGAUGCUACGAGCAGAGCGAGUUUUAAAUGCCCGGGCUGUCUGAAAACGUUUACCGAUUUAGAGGCGGAUCAGUUGUUUGAUUUUAUGACGCAAGAAUUCAGGUGCACAUACUGCAGAGAGGUUGUUGAGGAGGAUUCCUCGGCGUUGCCAAAGAAGGAUUCACGGUUAUUGUUGGCGAAAUUCAAUGAGCAGUUAGAGCCCCUAUAUGUGCUACUCCGUGAGGUUGAAGGUAUUAAGUUGGCACCUGAGGUUUUGGAGCCAGAACCUGUUGAUAUAAGUACUAUAAGAGGUUUGGAUAAAAAGUCCAAUAGUAUGCAUCCUACUGAUGCUUGGUCAGGGGAAGCCACAAGGAAUUCUGGAUUUGCUGUCGAGGAAGCGAGAGUGGACAUUACCAUUGGCGAGGAAGGUGCCAGCAACGUGGCCAAUCGCAAAGAGGCGCCAAUUUGGAUGAUGGAGUCCACUGUCAUAACAAACGCCGACGCCAAAGAUCAAGUUGGCGACGCACUGGACGCCGCGGCCGAAACUAGCGGCAACACCGGCAACAAGGACGACAUAAUGAGCGUGCUGUUGGCGCACGAAAAACGGCCCAGCGCCAACGCCGUCAACGCUCUCAAAGGUCUUCACAACGCGGAUUCGGACUCGAGUGACGAGGAUAUGCACGAAGUGAAGGAAGACGUUGCGGAAGUGGACAGCAUCGAAAGCGACGAAGAUGAAGAUGGCAACGUGCCAACGGUGACGGUAGGCAACCGGACGUACACCGUGACGGACAUAAACGACACCGUCAUAGCGGAAAUGACGCAGGCCGAGAAGGAAAUAUACGUGCAAGUUUUCCAAGACUACUACUCGCAUAUGAAUUACUAGAAUUAAUCAGGAAAAUGUAAUAUUUCGUUUUGUAUUCAUUUAUUUAAUAUAUUUUUUUUAUUAAAA